AUGGCGGACUCUACGCGAAUACCUGGCGAGCAUGUUAAAUGUCAUGAGUGCUCAAACACCUGGCCCCGCCAGCAAGGAGGUCUUCAGUGCCCGCGCUGUGAGUCGGAAUUCGUGGAAUUCGUUGAGAUCGUAUCAAAUCAGCCGUCACCCGAUCCUCCACCACUAAUAGAUACCGCUGGCGAUAGCGAUGAUAGACACUUAACGCGCUCACGAUCGUCAGACUUUCCCGAACAACACAAUUCCUGGCGGAACUUCCCAGAUCCAGAUGAAGACGAUAUUGGUGAGUUGGAUUUUGGCACAGCACCGACACCGCCCAGAGGUUAUCAUUGGGAAUCAAGAAGUCCGAAUGGCAGCUCGUCAUUCACCUUCAGCAUGUUUAACUCUAACGGAGGUCCUAUGAUCAUCACAAAUAGUAGAAGCCGAGGCGCUGGCGGACCACUUGGAGAUCCAGCCAUGGCCGAGGUAGAGCAUGAUUUUGAAGACCUGGUUCAGACCAUAAUGGGAGUGACGCCGCAGCAAGCAGGUCGGGAUCGGGGUACAAGGAGGCCAGAUUCACCGCUGCCACCCGGCUUGGGGUUUGGUCCUCCAGGCCAACCACCGCCACAUACACAGUUUGGUGGUCCGUUGAUGGGGCUUUUCAGUACACUAUUGCAAGGCCUUGGUGGUGGUGGUAGAGGUGAAGGUGGUGCUGAUGGAAACCUUGGUCCUUUUGCCAUGCUACAACGUAUGAUGGAUCCGGCCAAUGCCGCCCAAGGCGAUGCAGUCUUCUCGCAAGAAGCACUAGAUCGGGUGAUCACACAGCUUAUGGAGCAGAACCAGGGUAGCAACGCGCCAGGUCCUGCCUCAGAAGCUGCCAUUCGCUCAUUACCGAAGAAGACAGUCGAGAAGGACAUGUUGGACGAUAGAGGCAAGGCUGAAUGCUCGAUAUGUAUGGAUUCGGUCGAACUGGGAGACCAAGUCACCGUUCUGCCAUGUAAACACUGGUUCCAUGAGAUCUGCAUUACUGCAUGGUUGAAAGAGCACGACACCUGUCCUCAUUGCCGGAAAGGUAUAUCGACACCGCCAGAAGCGAAUGGACAUGCCUCACGAGGAGGUAGUGGCCAGCCAAAUAGACCACCGAGACGAAGAUCCUCUGCUGCCAUGCCUGGUGGUUGGCAAGAGAACACAGGUACGUCACGAAGUCCAGUGGCUGUGGAAGAGACGUCUCCUGGACCACAAGAUAUCCGUGCAGCAAGAGAACGCUAUUACAAUAGUCAACAGCCAGAGGAUCUAGAGAGGCGCGAUACUCACGGAGAAAGGAGAUCAUCGAGAGCAACGCCGCCAUCAUCAUCAUCAUCAUCGAAUGACAGAAGGCACCGCAGUAGAUCACAUCGCUCCAGCUCAUACAACAAUAGUGGUGGAGGAGGAUUUGGUGGCUGGGUGCGAUCUUUUGGCAGUAGUGGUGCUGGGCGGUGA